ACUACUUUCCACAGCAACGUUUAUAGUUGUUAGGCUGCAUUUCGUGUGUUUUUUUGGCAAAAAUGACCGAAAUACAAGUACAAUCGCAAGAAAUACCUGUCCUAGAGACAGUUGAAGAUAUAGAGCGACGUAGAGAGCAGGUGCUACGUCGCUAUGCGGAAUUUAAGGAAGCAACUCGGCUCAAAAGGUUGCGCUUGGAAGAAGCUAAACGCUACCACCAGUGGAAACGAGAUGUGGACGAAUGUGAAAUUUGGAUCAAUGAAAAGCUGCAAAUUGCCUCGGAUGAAUCAUUUAAAGAUACGACGAAUCUACAGGUUAAGCUACAGAAGCAUCAAGCAUUCGAAGCAGAGAUCUCAGCCCAUACAAAUACAAUCAUCACGAUCAAGACAUCUGGUGAACAGAUGAUUACUGAAGAACAUUAUGAGUCUGUGACAAUUACGGAGAGAUUAAAACACUUGAUGCAUCUAUGGGAACUUUUGCUGAUGCAAUCUGCUGAGAAAGGCCGCAUGUUGUUAUUUACACAAAAGCGUGUUCACUUCAUUCGAGAGUGUAGUGAAGUUUUGAUGUGGAUUGCUGAUAGGGAAGUUAUUGUCUCAACAGAAGAGACAGUUCGGGACUUUGAGCAUGUUGAAGUUCUUCAGAAGAAACUUGAAGAUUUUGCAAAAGAUCUAGAUGCAAAUGAGAAUCGAAUUAAAAGCAUCAACCAACAAGCUGAUACCUUAGAAGUAGAGGGUCACCCUGACAUUGAUGUUAUCCAAAGUAAACGAGAUGAAGUCAAUGAAGCUUGGGACAAGUUGCACCAGCUGGUUAUUGUUCGUAGAACAACACUGACUAGUUCCCAUGAGAUUCAUUCAUUUUACAGAGAAGUGAAUGAAACAGUUGAAUGGAUAGUGGAAAAAGACACCGUGUUGUCGUCAGAUGAUUAUGGCAAGGAUCUUGCAAGUGUUAAUGCACUGAAACGAAAACAUGAUGGGCUGGAGAGAGAUCUUGUUGCGUUGGAUGACAAGGUUCAGAAUCUUGGUAGUGAAUGUGACCAGUUGAAGGAAAACUAUCCUGAAGUUGCUGAAGACAUUGAAGCAAAGAAAGAAGAAUUAGUACAGGCUUGGGAUGGCCUGAAAGAAAAGUCUGCUGUGCGUAGAACAAGACUGGAGGAUGCUUACAACUUGCAAAGAUUGCUCGCUGACUACAAGGAACAUAUUUUGUUUAUUACGGAGAUGAAAACUUUGAUCGAGACCGAUGAAGUCGCAAAAGAUGUGGCAGGAGCAGAGAUGCUGAUUGAAAGACACCAAGAACACAAGGGUUACAUUGAUGCCCAACAAGAAGGAUUUGAUAAGUUUUUAACUUCUGGAAAAGAACUGGUUGAUGGAGAUCAUUAUGCUGCAGAAGAGAUAAAAGAGAAGUUGGACAAUCUGGAAACAGAAAAGGCAUCCUUGUACGAACUUUGGGAACAGCGUAAAGUGACAUUAGAUCAAAGUUUGGAAUUGCAGCUGUUUUACAGAGAUUGUCAGAAUGCUGAAAACCAGAUGAUCAAACAAGAGACUUUCUUGUCUGAUGACGAUGUUGGUGAUUCUCUGGAUGCAGUUGAUGCUUUAAUAAGGAAACAUGAUGACUUUGCUAAGUCAUUUGCUGCACAAGAAGAUAAGAUCAGAGACAUUGAUGAAACUGCAACUAAACUUAUCGAUAAUGAGCAUUAUGCUUCUCCUGACAUUGAUGAAAGACGGAAUGAAAUACUUGCCAGACGUCAGAAUAUUCAUGAAAAAUCUGAUAAACGAAGAGAUUUGUUGGAGGAAUCACGAAAGUUGCAGCAAUUUGAAAAAGAAGCUGACGAAACCAAAGCUUGGAUCAACGAAAAACUCAAAAUUGCUACCGACGAAUCUUAUAAGGAUCCCACAAAUCUUCAAAGGAAAGCUCAGAAGCACGAGGCAUUCAACGCAGAAUUGGAAGCCAACCAAAGUCGUAUCGAUUCCAUCCAUGACAAGGGAAAACAGCUGAUCAGCAACGAACAUUACGCGUCGGAUAUUAUACAGACAAGACUUGAUGAGCUUGAUGAACUCUGGAAACAUUUGCUUGAAAAAACUCAAGAAAAAGGCAACAGGUUGAAGGACGCCAAAAAACAGCAACAAUAUAACAGGGGAAUUGAUGAUAUGGACCUUUGGAUCACAGAUAUGGAAGCUACACUACUAAACGAAGAUAUCGGAAAGGAUCUACCUGGUGUCCAAAACCUUCAGAAGAAACACGACUUGAUUGCAGGAGACAUCAUCACCAAGCAGGAGCGUAUUGAUGUAUGUUCGGUCCAGGCAGAUCUGUUUUCUGAAGAAGAACACUUCGAUGCUCCCACAAUUGUGGCGAAAAAAGCUGCUCUAAUGGAGCGAUAUGAAAAAUUGAAGGAACCAUUAAACAACAGAAAGAAAAAACUUGAAGAUGCCCAGAAAUAUCAAGAAUUCUUGCGCGAUUUUGAAGACGAGGAAGCCUGGAUACGAGAAAAGGAGCCCGUUGUUUCUUCUACGAAUUUAGGAAAAGACUUGACUGGGGCUCAGAAUCUAUCGAAAAAACACCAAGCUUUGAUGACCGAAAUGACUGGGCAUGAAGCACGCAUUAACAAUGUCAUGGACGACGGAAGAAAAAUGAUUGAUGAAGAUCAUUUCAGAAAAGAUGAAGUCCAGGAGAAAAUGGAUGAACUGGAAACUCAAUGGAUGCAGCUGAAGGACAAGGCAGCCGCUCGUAAGGAAGAUCUAGAUGACUCUCUUCAUGCGUAUCAGUACUUGGCUGAUGUUACCGAAGCAGAGGCUUGGCUGACUGAGAAGGAACCAUUGGUAACAAGCACAGAUUACGGGAAAGACGAGGACAGUGCUCAAGCCAUGUUAAAGAAACACAAUGCAGUGAUGAGUGAUCUGGAAGCGUAUGGUACUGUGGUUGAUCAGCUCCGUGAUCAGAGUAAGACCUGUAAGACUAUCACACCUGUUAAAGAUUUUAGCGACAGAGAAUGUGUGGAAGCUUUGUAUGACUACCAGGAAAAGACAGCUCGUGAGGUCUCCAUGACGAAAGGAGAUAUUUUAACGUUGUUGAAUUCUACAAACAAGGAUUGGUGGAAGGUUGAGACAAAUGAUCGUCAAGGUUUCGUUCCUGCAGCGUAUGUAAAGAGAAUUGACUCUAAGACGGCUUCCCAAGAGAUCCUCGACAAAGCCGAUGAUGUCGACACAGUAUCUCAAAGACAAGAUGCUCUGGAUAAGAAAUAUCAAGAUUUGCUUGAGGCUGGUGCUGAGAGAAGAAAGAAACUCGAGGAAUCUAUUGAAAGACACGGGUUGUUGCGAGAAGCUCACGAGAUUGAGUCGUGGAUUAACGACAAGGCGGCAGUGGUGACGUCAGAAGAGGUUGGUGACGAUUUUGAACACGUUGAAGCCCAGAAAAAGAAAUUCGACGAUUAUCAAAAGGAUAUGCGCACGAUCGAGAUACGCAUCCGAGAAUUGACAAUAAUUUCUGAGAAACUAAAGGUCGAGCAUCGUCGUGAAUACGAGAUGAUCCAGGAAAUUAUUAAGCGUUUGACAGAAAGAUGGGAAGAGUUGCAACAGCUUUCCGAGAAACGUCAGCAGGCUUUGGAAAGUGCUCAGGAGAUCCAAAGAUUCCAUCGCGAUGCGGACGAUACCAAAGCAUGGAUCUCAGAAAAAGACACCGCUCUCUCUUCUGCGGACUAUGGCAGAGAUUUAGCUAGUGUCCAGGCUUUACAGCGCAAACACGACGUCCUGGAGAGAGAUCUAGCCGCAUUGGAAGAAAAGGUCCGUCAACUGAAUAACGAGGCAGCAACGUUGAUGGAAACACAUCCAACUCACGCUCAAGACAUCGAGGCGAAACGCGACGAGAUCUCAGAAGCUUGGGGCGGGCUUAAAGACCAGGCUGCUUCAAGGAAAGGAAAGUUGUUGGACUCUCACGAUUACCAACGUUUCCUGAACGAAUUCAGAGAUCUGGAGUCCUGGUUGACUGGCAUCAAAGCUUUGGUGUCGUCCGAUGAAUUAGCAAAGGAUGUUGCUGGUGCAGAGGCCUUACUUGAACGACACCAGGAAUACCGUGCAGAGAUUGAUGCGAGAGAUGAAACGUUUCAAGCAUUCAAUGAUUUCGGUAAAGAAUUGGCUGAGAAAGAACAUUAUGCCAGGGAUGAGAUUGAAGAGAAACUGCAAGCUGUUGAUGACGAAAGAAAGGAUUUGGAAACCGCUUGGGCUGAAAGAAAAGAUAAGUUGGACCAAUGCCUUGAGUUGCAGUUAUUCAAUCGUGACGCAGAGCAGCUUGAGUCGUGGAUGGCGCCACGUGAAGCAAUCAUUCGAACUGAAGAAGUUGGUGGUUCUCCCGAAGGUGCAGACAAACUUGUGAAGACCCAUGAGAAUAUUGAGAAAUCCAUCAAACAACAGGAGGAGAAAAUCAGCGCACUUCAGGAUUACGCCAAUAAGUUGACGGAGAAUGAUCAUUAUGAUUCCCCAGCAAUAAAUGAACGAGUCGAGUCUGUUUUAGAAAGAUGGCAGAAACUGAAAGCAGCUCUCGUUGAACGUCGUUCUAAGCUCGGAGAGAGUCAGAACAUUCAACAGGUGACCCGAGAUGCUGAAGAUAUCGAGGCUUGGAUCAGUGAGAAGCUGCAAUCUGUUCAAGACGAGUCUUACAUGGAUCCCAGUAACCUCCAGAGUAAAGUACAAAAACAACAAGCCUUUGAAGCAGAAAUGGCCGCGAACGAGGAACGAGUGUUACACGUCAUUGCCACGACCAACCAAUUGAUCGAAGAACGAAAAUGUGCAAACAACGAAGAAAUAGUUCGUGAGAGGAUCACUAAACUGCAAGAAAUCUGGGAAAAACUAACCAAGCAAUCUCAGUCCAAGUCUCGUUAUUUGAUGGAGUCUAAUCAGCUACAACAAUACAAUAAUAAUGUGAAAGAAUUAGAUUAUUGGCUUGAUGAGACUGAGACGCUGCUCUCAUCAGAAGACUGUGGUCAUGAUUUAGCGAGUACACAGAACCUGCUCAAGAAACAUCAACUUGUUGAAGCUGAUAUCACUGCUCAUCAGGAUCAUGUCAAUGAUCUCCAAGCACAAGCUCAGAAGUUCAUUGAGAGAGAACAUCAUGAGUCGACGACUAUCAAAGAAAAAGCUGAGACCAUUACAACACGCUAUGAGAAGAUCACAAACAUGGCGAGUGAGCGACGGGCAAGACUUGAAAAAGCCAACGAUCUACAGCAAUUAUUCCGAGACAUUGAUGACGAAGAAUCGUGGAUUAAGGAGAAAAAGUUGCUUGCAAGUUCUGAGGAUUAUGGCAAAGAUUUGACUGGCGUUCAAAACUUGCGCAGAAAACAUCAGAGACUUGAAGCUGAAAUUCAUAAUCAUGAACCAAAAGUUGUGAAUGUUUGCGACCGUGGUGAGAAGUUUAUUGCGGAGGGAAGACCUGACGCGGAUGCCAUUAGAACACGCAUCGACGGAUUGCAGGAGAAAUGGCAAGAAUUGAACGAGAUUGCGGCCACAAGACAAAAGAAAUUGGAGCAAUCCUUGGCUUAUCAACAGUUCAGUACCAAUGUCGAUGAAGAAGAAUCUUGGAUCAAUGAGAAGAACACGUUAGUUAUCAGUGAUGACUAUGGCGACACCUUAGCUGCAGCGCAAGGUUUACUGAAGAAACAUGAUGCUUUUGAGAAAGAUUUUGAGGUUCACAAAGAACGUGUAAAAGAUAUUGAAAAUGUUGGUCAAGGUCUUCUUGCUGAGGAUAACCAUGAGAAAGAUCUGAUUGAACAGAAGAUUGCUUCAUUGAACAACAAAGUGGCUGAACUUGAACGACUAUCAAGCUAUCGUAAAGCUAAGCUGACAGACAACUCAGCCUUCCUGCAGUUCAACUGGAAAACAGAUGUUGUCGAGUCUUGGAUCAGCGACAAGGCGACUGUGGUCCAGUCAGAAGACUGUGGCAAAGAUUUAGCCUCUGUCCAAACACUCUUGAACAAACAGGUAACUUUCGAGUCUGGUUUACAUGCUUUUGAACAAGAAGGAGUUCAGAAAGUAACAACAUUGAAAGAUGAUUUAGUGAAAGCUCAACAUGCUCAAUCACCUGCCAUUAUCAGACGUAAUGAUGAAUUGGUCCAAAGAUGGCAAGCUCUGCUUGAAGCGUCUGCCGCUCGUAAGCAACAGCUUUUAAAAUCACAAGACAAGUACAAGAAGGUUGAAGACAUGUACUUACUGUUUGCCAAGAAAGCGUCAGCUUUUAACAGUUGGUUUGAGAAUGCCGAGGAAGAUCUUACUGAUCCUGUUCGUUGUAAUUCUGUCGAGGAAAUAAUGGUGCUUCAAGAUCAACACGAGCAAUUCCGUGAGUCUUUACAACAGGCUGAAGAGGACAUGAGGACAUUGCGAAGACUUGACAAACAGAUAAAAAGUUACCAUGUUUCUAUCAACCCUUACACCUGGUUCACAAUGGAAACCCUGGAAGAGACUUGGGAAAGUUUGGAGAAGAUCAUUCAAGAGCGUGAACUGGAUCUUAGAAAAGAGGCGGAACGUCAACGUUAUAACGAUGAACUCAGACAAGAUUUUGCAGAGAAUGCAAACUCAUUCCACGCAUGGUUAACAGAAACAAGAUCAGUUAUGGUGGAUAGCCAGGGAGAUUUGGAAGAUCAGCUCAAGAUCAUUCAGGAAAAAUCCAAAGAAAUACAGGAACGAAAAGAAGCCUUGUCAGUGGUAGAAGAUCUCGGGGCUCAGAUGGAAGAAGCUCUUAUACUUGAUAACAAGUACACAGAGCACUCAACAGUUGGCUUGGCACAACAAUGGGAUCAACUGGAUCAACUUGCUAUGAGAAUGAGACACAAUCUUGAACAGCAAAUACAAGCACGUAAGAUGACUGGCGUACCUGAGGAGACCCUCAAGGAAUUCUCUGCUAAUUUCAGGCAUUUCGACAAAAACAAAUCUCAGUUCCUGGAUCAUCAAGAGUUCAAAUCCUGCUUACGUUCUCUUGGUUACGAUCUUCCGCUGGUCGAGGAAGGUCAACCUGAACCAGAAUUUGAAGCUAUACUCAAAACUGUUGACCCGAACGGUGACGGCGUGGUAUCUUUGAGUGAAUACAUGUCGUUUAUGAUCAGUCGUGAGACAGAGAAUGUUCAUUCAAGCAAAGAUGUUGAAGAUGCGUUCCGGGCGUUGACUGAAGGUGCUGAUAAAGACUUUGUCACCGAACAAGAAUUGUAUCAGUCAUUAUCCCGUCCGCAAGCAGAAUACUGUGUCCAACACAUGAAACCGUACGUUGACGAUCGUGGGCGGGAGGUCCCGAACGCCUACGAUUACAAGACGUUCUGUUCUGAUUUGUUUGCAAACUAGACUUUCAUGGAACUAUCGAUAAUUAUGUAAGGCCUUCUGGUGUCACACUAUUACUAUUAUUACGCCUUUAGCAAGCUCAAGAGAGAAACGUUUCCCCACCAAGAGGGUGUUUUUGUUUUCAAUUUUAGUUCGGCGAUGGACAGCGAAUGCUAGGGUUUUGUUAUAAACGCUUGAUGCUUUUACUUUAGGUUAUAACAGUAGACUAUAGUUUCAGACUUGUAAGUCUAAAUACACUAUAUGAAAUAAAAGGAAGAAGCACUGCUUUUCCAGA